CCUCUGCGGGGUCCUUCACACACGGUUUUGUUUACAUCCACGUCAUCAGAAAUAUACAUCUCAAAGUGUGAAAAUGCUAAGACAGGACUCUACGGACACAGAGGCUCCGCUUUUUGGGGAAGAUGACGAUACCAGUAGGCUAAGCAAAUCCAAAAUUAAGCAUCCAUUGGUCUCAUUCUUCCACCUCUUCUUCCGAGCAAGUGCCAUCGUGGUCUAUUUAUUUAGUGACAUUGUCGGCGGUGGUUUCAUUCCCUGUAUGGUGACCAUCAUCCUCCUGCUGUCAUGCGAUUUUUGGACUGUCAAGAAUGUGUCUGGAAGAUUUUUGGUGGGUCUUCGAUGGUGGAAUCAAGUUGAUGGAGAUGGAAAAAGUCACUGGAUUUUUGAGUCAAGGAAGAGAAACAGUCAGAACACAGGAUCCACUGCAGAGUCACGAAUCUUCUGGGUUGGCCUCAUCGUGUGUCCCAUCUUCUGGAUCAUUUUUGUCUUCAGUACCAUCUUCUCUUUCAAGAUUAAAUGGCUGGCGGUGGUUAUCAUGGGCCUGGUUUUACAGUGGGCCAAUGUCUACGGCUACAUCAGGUGCAAAGUGGGUGGAAAGUCUGACCUGAGAGACCUGGCAAAGAACUACCUGGGUACCCAGCUAUUUAAACAGGCAAUGAAGACGGAAGAACCGUGAAGUUAAAGAUGAUGAGUGACCUCCCUCUGCAGUGAAGCACAACACUGGACAUUUACUUGAUUCCUGGUGAAAAGGUGGCUGGUCUUUUCGAAGGGUGUGCAGGUUUUCUAAUAACACUUUUUGGUAAAAAGCCAAAUUUGUAGGUAUCCUCUGAAUUUAAAGAAUUCAGAAAUAAAUUCCAACUUUUUCUAAUAUUGAAUAAAUGUGUUUAAUUUUUUGCUGGUAUUUGUUGCAUUAUGUGAUAUUGUAUAAGUGUAUGACAAAGUAUUUUUUGAUAUAAGAUACUUUGAUACAGACAAACAUGCAUCCCAUUACUUGUAAGUUAAGUGAGCUUCAAUGUGCCUGUUGCAAUUAAGGAGCCACUUUUGUGCUUUUUCAAAGGGUAGUCAUGCAGAAAAGCAUCUAAUAAAUGCAUUAAAUGUUGUGAACAGGGUACUUCUGGAAACAUGAUUCAUUCCUUUGCACAUAUUGAGGAUUACUAUUACUUUAAAUGAAUGAUGAAUGCAGUUCACUCUUUAAGUGCAUAUCAGCUGUUAUGCCUCCAAUAUUUUUUUUUUUUCCUUUUUUAUUGAGUUAUACUAUUGUCAAUAAUAAAAAUGUAUUUGUAUCACAAUUAAAUAGUGGGGAGGAGUGCAAUUGUUAAGAAAUGAACACUAUUUUUUAAAUGAUUGCUGCUUUAAAACUUGGGUGUGAUUUUAGACAAAAAAAUGGUCAUUUACCCUUGAUGUCUGUGAAGUUUUAUUUUACAACUGGAAUAAUAAAGUCAAAGUCAAAACAG